CCUCUGGUUCCCUGAGCCAUUUUCUUGGCCUGCCUGAGCCCCUUUCAUGGCCUGCCUGAGCCCCUUGCAGCUCCAGAAGAAAGGGACACUGAAGUCCACAGUGGGGUUUCAGUUCCCAACCACAAGACCUAACUUCUGUACACACAGCCCUGGGGUAUCCAGAUUACAGGACCUGGGAUAAGUUCCAGGAGGAUGGAUUCCUGGUGCUGGAAGGAUUCUUGUCUGUGGAUGAGUGUGAGGCUAUGAAACAAAGGAUUGGUGAGAUCGUGGCCGAGAUGGAUGUCCCUCCCCACUGCCGCACAGAAUUUUCCACCCAACAUGAGGAACAGCUUCGAGCCCAGGGCAGCACAGACUAUUUCUUGAGCAGUGGUGACAAGAUUCGAUUCUUCUUUGAGAAAGGUGUUUUGGACAAUAAAGGAAAUUUCUUGGUGCCUCCAGAGCAAUCAGUCAACAAAAUCGGUCAUGCUCUGCACGCCCAUGACCCUGUCUUCAGGAGUGUCACACAUUCCCCCAAGGUGCAGGCCUUGGCCAGAAGUCUGGGCCUCCAAAUGCCUGUGGUGGUGCAGAGCAUGUACAUCUUUAAGCAACCUCACUUUGGUGGUGAAGCCUCCCCUCACCAGGAUGCCUCGUUCCUGUACACGGAGCCUCUGGGCCGGGUGCUGGGCAUGUGGAUGGCACUGGAGGAUGCCACGCUGGAGAAUGGCUGCCUUUGGUUUAUCCCUGGCUCCCACACCAGUGGAGUGUCAAGAAGGAUGAUCCGGGCCCCUGCUGGCUCAUGGCCUGCUACCAGCUUCCUCGGGGCAGAGCCAGACUGGGAUAACAGCCUCUUUGUGCCCACACCAGUGCAGAAAGGGGCCCUGGUCUUGAUCCAUGGAGAGGUGGUACACAAGAGUGAGCAGAACCUUUCAGACCACUCACGCCAGGCCUACACUUUCCACCUCAUGGAAGCCACUGGCACCGUCUGGAGCCCAGAGAACUGGCUUCAGCCGACAGCUGAGCUGCCGUUUCCUGCCUUGUACACCUAAAGCCCUUGAAGGGUUGGGACCAUCACCUCCCAGUGCAGCUGUGGACUACCAGUGCAGCACGCUGCCUCCCGUGCCGGCUGCAGUGGGGAAGCUGUGAACCUGCAGAGCUCUCCUCCUUCAGGGUCUGUGCUUUCAGCCCUGCAGAAGCUGGGGGAGGCUGACAUGGCAGGGCAGGGCCCAGGCUGGAUGAAGGCCUUCCCCAAGAUCUUGUUCUCUCUGCACCUUACUCCCCCACACAAACUUCCUCUUGAGGUGGCCUCUCAGCCAUGAAAGAGGUCUGGUCCAUUUUCAAGUCCUCUCUCAGGAGCAACUCUAAUAAUUACGCUGUAAGCCUCAAUAAAAAUGACUUCUGAAUGCA